CCCAGAGCAAGAAAGACCAAACUAAAGGCGGGGAGGAAAAGGGGGGACCCCCCUGAGGGGGGCCGAGACUAAAGGAGCCAGAUUCCGGAGGAGGGGGCUGCUCGCCUCGGCCCCACACCACCAUGCUGAGCCCGCUGAGCCCACUGAGCCCGCUGCCGCUGCUGCUGCUGCCGCCGCUGCUCUCGGCUCUGGCCGCAGCGGCGAUGGAUGCCCCCAAGACCUGCAGCCCCAAGCAAUUUGCUUGCAGAGACCAGAUCACCUGCAUCUCCAAAGGCUGGCGCUGUGAUGGAGAAAAGGACUGUCCAGAUGGUUCCGACGAGGCCCCUGAGAUCUGUCCACAGAGCAAGGUCCAGAGAUGUCAGCCCAAUGAGUACAAUUGCCUUGGCACAGAGCUGUGUGUGCCCAUGUCCCGCCUCUGCAAUGGGGUACAAGACUGCUUCGAUGGCUCUGAUGAGGGCCCUCAUUGCCGAGAGCUCCGAGCCAACUGCUCCCGAGCAGGCUGCCAACAUCACUGUGUCCCCACACUCAGUGGGCCCUCCUGUUAUUGCAACAGCAGCUUCCAGCUCCAGAGUGACAAUAAAAGCUGCAAAGACUUUGAUGAGUGUUCCGUCUAUGGAACAUGCAGCCAGGUGUGCGCCAACACGGAUGGAGCCUUUACCUGUAGCUGUGUGGAAGGUUACCUGCUACAACCUGACAACCGCUCCUGCAAGGCCAAGAAUGAGCCAGUAGACCGCCCCGCUGUGUUACUGAUUGCCAACUCCCAGAACAUCUUGGCCACAUAUCUAAGUGGGGUGCCAGUGCCCACCAUCACACCCACGGGCACCCGCCAGACUACUGCCAUGGACUUCAGUUAUGCCAAUGAAACUGUGUGUUGGGUGCACGUAGGGGACAGUGCUGCCCAGACCCUGCUGAAGUGUGCACGGAUGCCUGGUCUCAAAGGUUUUGUGGAGGAGUAUUCGAUCAACAUCUCUCUCAGUCUGCACCAUGUGGAGCAGAUGGCCAUUGAUUGGCUCACGGGCAACUUCUAUUUUGUGGAUGACAUCGAUGACAGAAUCUUUGUGUGCAACCAGAAUGGGGACACCUGUGUCACUCUGUUGGACGUGGAGCUUUACAAUCCCAAGGGCAUUGCUCUUGACCCUGCCAUGGGGAAGGUAUUCUUCACGGACUAUGGGCAGAUCCCAAAGGUGGAGCGCUGUGACAUGGAUGGGCAGAACCGAACCAAGUUGGUGGAUAGUAAGAUCGUGUUCCCCCAUGGUAUCACUCUGGAUCUGGUCAGUCGGCUUGUGUACUGGGCCGAUGCCUACCUGGACUACAUCGAGGUGGUGGACUAUGAGGGCAAGGGUCGGCAGACCAUCAUCCAAGGCAUCCUGAUCGAGCACCUGUAUGGCCUGACCGUGUUUGAGAACUAUCUGUACGCCACCAACUCAGACAAUGCCAACUCACAGCAGAAAACGAGUGUCAUCCGAGUGAAUCGAUUCAACAGCACAGAAUACCAGGUGGUCACUCGGGUGGACAAGGGGGGGGCUCUCCAUAUUUAUCACCAACGGCGCCAACCCCGAGUGAGGAGCCAUGCCUGUGAGAACGAUCAAUAUGGGAAACCAGGAGGCUGCUCAGACAUCUGCCUUCUGGCCAAUAGCCACAAAGCCCGGACGUGCCGCUGUCGUUCAGGCUUUAGCCUGGGCAGUGAUGGGAAAUCCUGCAAAAAACCAGAGCAUGAGCUGUUCCUGGUAUAUGGAAAGGGCCGGCCAGGUAUCAUCCGAGGUAUGGACAUGAAUGCCAAGGUCCCCGAUGAGCACAUGAUCCCCAUAGAAAACCUCAUGAAUCCCCGGGCACUGGACUUCCAUGCUGAGACUGGCUUCAUCUACUUUGCUGAUACCACCAGCUACCUCAUUGGCCGUCAGAAGAUCGAUGGCACUGAGCGGGAGACCAUACUCAAGGAAGGUAUUCAUAAUGUAGAAGGAGUGGCUGUGGAUUGGAUGGGAGACAAUUUGUAUUGGACUGAUGAUGGGCCCAAGAAGACUAUCAGUGUGGCAAGGCUGGAGAAGGCAGCCCAGACCCGGAAGACGCUGAUUGAGGGCAAAAUGACUCAUCCCAGAGCCAUUGUGGUAGACCCACUCAAUGGGUGGAUGUAUUGGACAGACUGGGAGGAAGACCCCAAAGACAGCCGCCGGGGCCGACUGGAGCGAGCCUGGAUGGAUGGUUCCCACAGGGAUGUCUUUGUCACAUCCAAGACAGUGCUGUGGCCCAACGGCCUGAGCCUGGACAUCCCUGCUGGACGCCUUUACUGGGUAGAUGCCUUCUAUGACCGAAUUGAGACCGUAUUGCUCAAUGGCACUGACCGAAAGAUUGUGUAUGAGGGUCCUGAACUGACUCAUGCCUUUGGCCUGUGUCACCACGGCUCCUAUCUCUUCUGGACCGAGUAUCGAAGUGGCAGUGUGUACCGUCUAGAGCGGGGAGCACCAGGCACAACUCCCAUUGUGACUCUGCUUCGAAGCGAGAGGCCCCCUAUCUUUGAAAUCCGGAUGUAUGAUGCCCAGCAGCAGCAAGUGGGUACCAAUAAAUGCCGUGUGAACAAUGGCGGCUGCAGUAGCCUCUGCCUAGCUACUCCUGGUAGUCGACAAUGUGCGUGUGCAGAAGACCAGGUGCUGGAUGCUGACGGUGUCACCUGCCUUGCCAACCCAUCAUACGUGCCUCCACCCCAAUGCCAGCCUGGCGAAUUCGCAUGUGCCAACAGCCGGUGCAUCCAGGAACGAUGGAAAUGCGAUGGUGACAAUGACUGUCUGGAUAACAGUGACGAGGCCCCUGCCCUCUGCCACCAGCACACAUGCCCUUCUGACCGCUUCAAGUGUGAGAAUAAUCGAUGCAUCCCCAACCGAUGGCUGUGCGAUGGGGACAACGAUUGUGGGAACAGUGAGGAUGAAUCUAACUCCACCUGCUCAGCCCGAACCUGCCCCCCCAAUCAGUUCUCCUGCGCCAGCGGCCGCUGCAUCCCCAUCUCCUGGACGUGUGACCUAGACGAUGACUGUGGUGACCGAUCCGAUGAGUCAGCCUCAUGUGCCUACCCCACCUGUUUCCCCCUGACUCAAUUUACCUGCAACAAUGGCAGAUGUAUCAACUUCAACUGGCGCUGUGACAAUGACAACGACUGUGGAGACAACAGUGACGAGGCGGGCUGCAGCCACUCCUGCUCCAGUACACAGUUCAAGUGUAACAGCGGUCGGUGCAUCCCUGAGCACUGGACCUGCGAUGGAGACAACGACUGUGGAGACUACAGUGAUGAGACCCAUGCCAACUGCACCAACCAGGCCACUCGACCUCCUGGUGGCUGCCAUGCCGAUGAGUUUCAGUGCCGGCUGGAUGGACUGUGCAUCCCCCUUCGGUGGCGUUGCGAUGGAGACACAGACUGCAUGGACUCUAGUGAUGAGAAGAAUUGUGAGGGGGUCACCCAUGUCUGUGACCCCAAUGUCAAGUUUGGCUGCAAAGAUUCAGCGCGGUGCAUCAGCAAGGCCUGGGUAUGCGACGGGGACAGCGACUGUGUGGACAACUCGGACGAGGAGAACUGCGAGUCCCUGGCCUGCAAGCCCCCCUCGCACCCCUGCGCCAACAACACCUCCGUCUGCCUGCCCCCCGACAAGCUCUGCGAUGGCAACGAUGACUGCGGAGACGGCUCCGACGAGGGCGACCUGUGUGACCAGUGCUCCCUGAACAACGGCGGCUGCAGCCACAACUGCUCCGUGGCUCCCGGGGAGGGCAUCCUGUGCUCGUGCCCUCUGGGCAUGGAGCUGGCACCCGACAACCGCACCUGUCAGAUCCAGAGCUACUGUGCCAAGCACCUCAAGUGUAGCCAGAAGUGUGAGCAGAACAAGUUCAGCGUCAAGUGUUCUUGCUACGAAGGCUGGAUGCUGGAGCCCGACGGCGAGAGCUGCCAGAGCCUGGACCCUUUCAAGCCAUUCAUCAUCUUCUCCAAUCGGCAUGAGAUCCGCCGGAUCGACCUACACAAGGGCGACUACAGCGUCCUGGUGCCCGGCCUCCGCAACACCAUCGCCCUGGAUUUCCACCUCAGCCACAGCGCGCUCUACUGGACUGAUGUGGUGGAGGACAAGAUCUACCGGGGGAAGCUGCUGGACAAUGGAGCUCUGACCAGCUUUGAGGUGGUGAUUCAGUACGGACUGGCAACGCCCGAGGGCCUCGCUGUAGACUGGAUCGCUGGCAACAUAUACUGGGUCGAGAGCAACCUGGACCAGAUCGAGGUGGCCAAGCUGGAUGGAACCAUGAGAACCACCCUCCUGGCCGGCGACAUAGAACACCCUCGAGCUAUCGCCCUGGACCCCCGUGAUGGGAUCCUGUUCUGGACAGACUGGGACGCCAGCCUUCCCCGAAUUGAGGCAGCCUCCAUGAGUGGAGCUGGCCGACGCACCAUCCAUCGGGAGACUGGUUCUGGAGGUUGGCCCAAUGGACUCACGGUGGACUACUUGGAGAAGCGUAUCCUCUGGAUCGAUGCUCGGUCUGAUGCCAUCUAUUCUGCCCGCUACGAUGGCUCUGGCCACAUGGAGGUGCUUCGGGGACACGAGUUCCUGUCACACCCAUUUGCAGUGACGCUAUAUGGAGGAGAAGUGUACUGGACAGACUGGAGAACAAACACGUUGGCCAAAGCCAACAAGUGGACGGGCCACAAUGUCACUGUUGUCCAGCGGACCAACACACAGCCCUUUGAUCUGCAAGUGUAUCACCCUUCCAGACAGCCAAUGGCUCCUAAUCCCUGUGAGGCCAAUGGUGGCCGGGGCCCUUGUUCUCAUCUGUGUCUCAUCAACUACAACCGAACUGUCUCCUGCGCCUGUCCUCACCUCAUGAAACUGGACAAGGACAAAACCACCUGCUAUGAGUUUAAGAAGUUCUUGCUGUACGCUCGUCAGAUGGAGAUCCGGGGUGUGGACCUAGACGCCCCCUACUACAACUACAUCAUCUCCUUCACCGUGCCCGACAUCGACAACGUCACAGUCCUCGAUUAUGAUGCCCGGGAGCAGCGCGUCUACUGGUCUGACGUCCGAACUCAGGCCAUCAAGCGUGCCUUCAUCAACGGCACCGGCGUCGAGACGGUCGUCUCUGCAGAUCUUCCAAAUGCUCAUGGGCUGGCUGUGGACUGGGUGUCCCGAAAUCUGUUCUGGACGAGCUACGACACCAACAAGAAGCAAAUUAACGUGGCCCGUUUGGAUGGCUCCUUCAAGAAUGCAGUGGUCCAGGGACUAGAGCAGCCACACGGACUCGUUGUCCACCCCCUGCGUGGGAAGCUAUACUGGACAGAUGGUGAUAACAUCAGCAUGGCCAGUCUGGAUGGUAGCAACCGCAGCCUCCUCUUCACGGGCCAGAAAGGCCCUGUGGGCCUGGCUAUUGAUUUUCCCGAGAACAAACUGUAUUGGAUCAGCUCCGGAAACCACACCAUUAACCGCUGCAACCUAGAUGGGAGCGGCCUAGAGAUCAUCGACACGAUGAGGAGCCAACUGGGCAAGGCCACGGCCCUGGCCAUCAUGGGAGACAAGCUGUGGUGGGCAGACCAGGUCUCGGAGAAGAUGGGCACCUGCAACAAGGCAGACGGCUCGGGGGCCGCCGUCCUGAGGAACAGCACCACCCUGGUCAUGCACAUGAAGGUGUACGACGAGAGCAUCCAGCUCGGUCUCCAGGGAACCAACCCCUGCAGCGUGAACAACGGCGAGUGCUCCCAGCUCUGCCUCCCCACCUCGGAGACGACGCGCACUUGCAUGUGCACAGCUGGCUAUAGCCUCCGCAGCGGUCAGCAGGCCUGUGAGGGUGUGGGCUCCUUCCUCCUGUAUUCCGUGCACGAGGGGAUCCGGGGGAUACCGCUGGACCCCAGCGACAAGUCGGAUGCCCUGGUCCCUGUGUCUGGAACAUCACUUGCUGUGGGCAUCGACUUCCAUGCUGACAACGACACAAUCUACUGGGUAGACAUGGGUCUCAGCACCAUCAGCCGAGCCAAGAGGGACCAGACGUGGCGUGAGGAUGUAGUCACCAAUGGCAUUGGCCGUGUGGAAGGCAUUGCUGUGGACUGGAUAGCAGGCAACAUCUAUUGGACUGACCAAGGGUUUGAUGUGAUCGAGGUGGCCAGGCUCAAUGGCUCGUUUCGCUAUGUCGUCAUUUCCCAAGGCUUGGACAAGCCACGGGCCAUCACCGUCUACCCAGAGAAGGGGUAUCUGUUCUGGACAGAGUGGGGCCAGUACCCAAGAAUUGAGAGGUCACGGCUGGACGGCACAGAAAGAGUAGUCUUGGUCAACGUGAGCAUCAGCUGGCCCAAUGGCAUCUCUGUUGACUACGAGGAAGGGAAGUUAUACUGGUGUGAUGCUCGGACGGACAAGAUUGAGCGAAUCGAUCUGGAGACAGGCGAAAACCGAGAGGUGGUGCUCUCCAGUAACAACAUGGACAUGUUCUCUGUGUCUGUAUUUGAGGACUUCAUCUACUGGAGUGACAGGACCCAUGCCAAUGGCUCCAUCAAGCGAGGGAGCAAGGACAAUGCCACCGACUCAGUCCCACUCCGGACAGGGAUUGGAGUCCAGCUCAAGGACAUCAAAGUCUUCAACAGAGACCGGCAGAAAGGCACAAAUGUGUGUGCGGUGGCCAACGGUGGGUGCCAACAGCUGUGCUUGUACAGAGGGGGCGGGCGCUGGACCUGCGCCUGUGCCCAUGGGAUGCUGGCCGAGGACGGAGCAUCCUGCCGCGAGUACGCCGGCUACCUGCUCUACUCGGAGCGCACCAUCCUCAAGAGCGUCCAUCUGUCGGACGAGCGCAACCUCAAUGCGCCCGUGCAGCCCUUCGAGGACCCUGAGCACAUGAAGAACGUGAUUGCCCUCGCCUUUGACUACCGGGCCGCCGGCUCCCCGGGCACUGCCAACCGCAUCUUCUUCAGUGACAUCCACUUCGGGAACAUCCAGCAGAUCAAUGAUGACGGCUCUGGAAGGGUCACCAUCGUGGAGAAUGUGGGGUCAGUGGAGGGUCUGGCCUACCAUCGAGGCUGGGACACCUUAUACUGGACAAGCUAUACCACAUCGACCAUCACUCGCCAUACGGUGGAUCAGAGCCGGCCGGGGGCCUUCGAACGCGAAACAGUCAUCACCAUGUCUGGCGACGAUCACCCAAGAGCCUUCGUGCUAGAUGAGUGCCAGAACCUGAUGUUCUGGACCAACUGGAAUGAGCAGCAUCCAAGCAUCAUGCGGGCGGCACUGUCAGGGGCCAACGUCCUGACGCUGAUCGAACGGGACAUCCGAACCCCCAAUGGUCUGGCCAUUGACCACCGUGCAGAGAAGCUCUACUUCUCUGAUGCCACGCUGGACAAGAUCGAGCGCUGCGAAUAUGAUGGCUCCCACCGAUAUGUUAUCCUGAAGUCAGAGCCUGUCCACCCCUUUGGGCUGGCUGUGUAUGGGGAGCACAUUUUCUGGACAGACUGGGUGCGACGGGCCGUGCAGCGAGCCAACAAGUACGUGGGGAGUGACAUGAAACUGCUCCGAGUGGACAUCCCCCAGCAGCCCAUGGGCAUCGUCGCCGUGGCCAACGACACCAACAGCUGUGAGCUCUCCCCUUGCCGUAUCAACAAUGGCGGCUGUCAGGACCUGUGCAUGCUCACUCCCCAGGGACACGUCAACUGCUCUUGUCGGGGGGCUCGCAUCCUCCAAGAUGACUUCACCUGCCGUGCUGUGAACUCCACCUGCCGGGCACAAGAUGAGUUUGAGUGCGCCAACGGAAAAUGCAUCAGCUUCAGCCUGACCUGCGACGGCAUCUCCCACUGCAAGGACAAGUCAGAUGAGAAGCCGUCCUACUGCAACACCCGCCGCUGUAAGAAGACUUUCCGUCUGUGUAACAAUGGGCGCUGCGUGCCCAACAACCUGUGGUGCAACGGGGCAGACGACUGCGGCGACGGCUCAGACGAGAUCCCAUGUAACAAGACCGCCUGCGCAGCCAACGAGUUCCAGUGCCAGGAUGGGGGCUGCAUCAGUAACUCCAGCCGCUGCAACCAAUUUUUAGACUGUGAAGAUGCAUCAGAUGAGAUGAAUUGUAGCACCACUGACUGUAGCAGCUACUUCCGCCUGGGGGUGAAGGAGGUGACGUUCCAUCCUUGCGAGCGGACAUCCCUGUGCUAUGCCUCCAGCUGGGUUUGUGAUGGUGCCAAUGACUGUGGGGACUACAGUGAUGAGCGUGACUGUCCAGGUGUGAAGCGCCCCAGGUGCCCUCUGAAUUACUUCCCCUGCCCCAGUGGCCGGUGCAUCCCCAUGAGCUGGACGUGUGACAAAGAGGAUGACUGCGAGCAUGGAGAGGAUGAGGUCCAUUGUAACAAGUUCUGCUCAGAGGCCCAGUUUGAGUGCCAAAAUCAUCGCUGCAUCUCCAAGCAAUGGCUGUGUGAUGGGAGCGACGACUGCGGGGAUGGCUCCGAUGAAGCUACGCACUGUCAGGGAAAGACAUGUGGCCCAUCAUCCUUCUCUUGCCCGGGCACCCACAUCUGCGUCCCUGACCGCUGGCUCUGUGAUGGGGACAAAGACUGCGCGGACGGCGCUGAUGAGAGCGUUGCAGCGGGCUGUUUGUACAACAGCACGUGUGACGAGCGUGAGUUCAUGUGUCAGAACCGUCAGUGCAUCCCCAAACAUUUUGUCUGUGAUCACGACCGAGACUGUGCAGAUGGCUCUGAUGAGUCUCCGGAAUGUGAGUACCCCACGUGCGGCCCUACCGAGUUCCGUUGUGCCAAUGGGCGCUGCCUGAGCUCCCGCCAGUGGGAAUGUGAUGGGGAGAAUGACUGUCACGACCAGAGUGAUGAGGCCCCGAAGAAUCCUCACUGUACCAGCCCAGAGCACAAGUGCAACGCCUCGUCCCAGUUCCUGUGUGAGAGCGGCCGCUGCGUGAGCGAAUCCCUGGUGUGCGACGGGCAGGAUGACUGCGGGGACGGCUCGGACGAGCGGAGCUGCCACAUCAACGAGUGUCUGAGCCGGAAGCUCAGCGGCUGCAGCCAGGACUGUGAGGACCUCAAGAUCGGCUACAAGUGCCGCUGCCGCCCGGGAUUCCGGCUGAAGGACGACGGGCGGACGUGCGCAGACGUGGACGAGUGCAGCACCAGCUUCCCCUGCAGCCAGCGCUGCAUCAACACCCACGGCAGCUACAAGUGUCUGUGUGUGGAGGGCUACGCCCCCCGCGGGGGCGACACCCACAGCUGCAAGGCCGUGACCGAUGAGGAGCCGUUCUUGAUCUUCGCCAACCGCUACUACCUUCGCAAGCUCAACCUGGAUGGCACCAACUACACCCUGCUCAAGCAGGGCCUGAACAACGCCGUCGCUCUGGACUUCGACUACCGAGAACAGAUGAUCUACUGGACAGACGUGACCACUCAGGGCAGCAUGAUCCGAAGGAUGAACAUCAACGGGAGUAACGUCCAGGUGCUGCACCGAACAGGUCUCAGUAACCCAGAUGGGCUGGCUGUGGACUGGGUGGGUGGAAACCUGUACUGGUGUGACAAGGGCAGAGAUACCAUUGAGGUGUCCAAGCUCAAUGGGGCCUACCGGACGGUGCUGGUCAGCUCAGGGCUUCGGGAGCCUAGAGCACUGGUGGUGGAUGUCCAAAAUGGGUACCUCUACUGGACAGACUGGGGUGACCACUCCCUGAUUGGAAGGAUCGGCAUGGAUGGCUCAGGGCGCAGUGUUGUUGUGGACACCAAGAUCACGUGGCCCAAUGGGCUAACCCUGGACUAUGUCACCGAACGGAUCUAUUGGGCAGAUGCCCGAGAGGACUACAUUGAGUUUGCCAGCUUGGAUGGUUCCAAUCGCCACAUCGUGCUGAGCCAGGACAUCCCCCAUAUCUUUGCACUCACCCUGUUUGAGGACUUUGUGUACUGGACUGAUUGGGAGACCAAGUCUAUAAACCGGGCACACAAGACUACGGGAGCCAACAAGACAUUGCUCAUUAGCACCUUACAUCGGCCCAUGGACCUCCACGUCUUCCAUGCCCUUCGUCAGCCUGAUGUCCCUAAUCACCCAUGCAAGGUGAACAACGGUGGCUGCAGCAACCUGUGUCUCCUCUCUCCUGGCGGGGGCCACAAAUGCGCGUGUCCCACAAACUUCUACCUGGGAGGUGACGAGCGCACCUGUGUGUCCAACUGCACAGCCAGUCAGUUUGUGUGUAAGAACGAUAAGUGCAUCCCCUUCUGGUGGAAGUGUGACACCGAGGAUGACUGUGGGGACCACUCGGACGAGCCGCCCGAUUGCCCCGAGUUCAAGUGCCGUCCGGGACAAUUCCAGUGCUCGACGGGCAUCUGCACGAACCCAGCCUUCAUCUGCGAUGGUGACAACGACUGUCAGGACAACAGCGACGAGGCCAAUUGUGACAUCCACGUGUGUCUGCCCAGCCAGUUCAAGUGUACGAACACCAAUCGCUGCAUCCCCGGCAUCUUCCGCUGUAACGGGCAGGACAACUGUGGGGACGGCGAGGACGAGCGGGACUGUCCGGAAGUGACCUGUGCCCCCAACCAGUUCCAGUGUGCCAUCACUAAGCGCUGCAUCCCCCGGGUCUGGGUCUGCGAUAGGGACAAUGACUGUGUGGACGGCAGUGACGAGCCCGCUAACUGCACCCAGAUGACCUGUGGAGUGGAUGAAUUCCGCUGUAAGGACUCCGGACGCUGCAUCCCCGCUCGAUGGAAAUGUGAUGGAGAAGAUGACUGUGGAGAUGGCUCUGAUGAGCCCAAAGAGGAGUGUGACGAGCGGACCUGUGAGCCUUAUCAGUUCCGCUGCAAGAACAACCGCUGCGUCCCGGGCCGCUGGCAGUGUGACUACGACAAUGACUGCGGCGACAACUCGGACGAGGAAAGCUGCACACCCCGGCCUUGCUCAGAGAGUGAGUUUUCCUGUGCCAAUGGCCGCUGCAUCGCAGGACGGUGGAAAUGCGAUGGGGAUCACGACUGUGCUGAUGGCUCUGAUGAGAAAGACUGCACCCCUCGCUGUGACAUGGAUCAGUUCCAGUGCAAGAGCGGCCACUGCAUCCCCCUGCGCUGGCGCUGUGAUGCUGAUGCCGAUUGCAUGGAUGGUAGUGACGAAGAGGCAUGCAGCACUGGCGUGAGGACCUGCCCCCUUGAUGAGUUUCAGUGUAACAACACCCUGUGCAAACCGCUGGCCUGGAAGUGUGAUGGGGAGGACGACUGUGGUGAUAACUCGGAUGAGAACCCUGAGGAGUGUGCCCGCUUCCAGUGCCCCCCCAACAGGCCAUUCCGAUGCAAGAACGAUCGGGUCUGUCUGUGGAUUGGAAGGCAGUGUGACGGGACAGACAACUGUGGAGAUGGGACUGACGAGGAGGACUGUGAACCCCCCACAGCCCAGUCCCCGCACUGUAAGGACAAGAAAGCCCAGUUUCUCUGCCGGAAUGGGCGCUGCCUCUCUGCCACGCUCCGAUGCAACAUGUUUGAUGACUGUGAGGACGGCUCUGAUGAGGAAGGCUGUAGCCCUGACCCAAAGCUGAGCAGCUGUGCCGGGAACGGAAGCGUGUGUGGGGAUGAGGCUCGCUGCGUCCAGAGUCCCAAGGCUGUGUACUGUGCCUGCCGCCCAGGAUUCCAUACUGUGCCCGGCCAGCGUGGCUGCCAAGACAUCAACGAGUGUUUGCGCUUCGGCACCUGCUCCCAGCUGUGCAACAACACCAAGGGCAGCCACCUCUGUAGCUGUGCUCGGAACUUCAUGAAGGUCCAUAACACGUGCAAAGCCGAAGGCUCAGAAUACCAGGUCCUGUACAUUGCGGACGACAAUGAGAUUCGAAGCCUGUUUCCCGGACACCCCAACUCUGCCUAUGAGCAGGCAUUCCAAGGGGAUGAGAGUGUCCGCAUUGAUGCCAUGGAUGUUCAUGUCAAGGCUGGACGAGUCUACUGGACCAACUGGCACACAGGCACCAUCUCUUUCCGCAGCCUGCCACCCACAGCUCCCCCUACCACAUCGAACCGUCAUCGGCGCCAGACGGAAGGGGGUGUCACCCACCUUAAUAUUUCAGGGCUGAAGAUGCCACGGGGCAUUGCCAUUGACUGGGUAGCAGGAAAUAUAUACUGGACAGACUCAGGGCGGGAUGUGAUCGAAGUGGCCCAGAUGAAAGGCGAGAACCGCAAGACACUCAUAUCAGGCAUGAUUGAUGAGCCUCACGCCAUUGUGGUUGACCCACUUCGAGGCACCAUGUACUGGUCAGACUGGGGCAACCACCCAAAGAUCGAGACGGCUGCCAUGGAUGGGACUCUCAGGGAGACACUGGUCCAGGACAAUAUCCAGUGGCCCACAGGCUUGGCAGUGGAUUACCACAACGAGAGGCUGUACUGGGCAGAUGCUAAACUCUCCGUCAUCGGCAGCAUCCGGCUCAAUGGCACCGACCCUGUGCUGGCUGCUGACAGCAAAAGAGGUCUGAGUCACCCCUUUAGCAUCGAUGUCUUUGAAGACUAUAUCUAUGGUGUCACCUACAUCAACAACCGGGUCUUCAAGAUCCAUAAAUUUGGACACAGCCCUUUGAUCAACCUGACUGGGGGCCUGAGCCACGCUUCGGAUGUAGUCUUGUAUCAUCAACACAAACAACCAGAAGUGACCAAUCCCUGUGACCGAAAGAAAUGUGAAUGGCUUUGCCUCCUGAGUCCCAGUGGCCCUGUCUGCACCUGCCCCAAUGGGAAACGGCUGGAUAAUGGCACUUGUGUUCUGUUGCCUUCACCAACUCCGCCACCAGAUGCACCUCGGCCAGGGACCUGCAGCCUCCUGUGCCUCAAUGGUGGCAGCUGCUUCCUCAAUGCCAGGCGCCAGCCCAAGUGCCGAUGCCAGCCUCGCUACACAGGCGACAAGUGUGAACAGGACCAGUGCUGGCAGCACUGUCAGAAUGGGGGAACCUGUGCUGCCUCACCCUCUGGCAUGCCCACAUGUCGGUGCCCAACAGGCUUCACAGGCCCCACAUGCAACCAGCAGGUAUGUGCAGGAUAUUGUUCUCACAACGGCACCUGCUCCGUCAACCAGGGCAACCAACCCCAGUGCCGGUGCUUGCCAGACUUUCUGGGGGACCGAUGCCAAUUCAAGAAAUGCUUUGACUACUGUGAGAACCAGGGUGUUUGCCAGAUGGCCUCGGAUGGCACCAAGCUGUGCCGAUGCACAGGCCAGUUUGAGGGCCCGCAGUGCCAGGUGGACAAAUGUAGCCGCUGCCUGGAUGGGACGUGCACUAUCCUUCGGCAGAGUGGGGACGUCAGCUGCAACUGCUCUGAUGGCCGGGUGGCCCCCAGCUGUCUCACCUGCGAUGGCCACUGCUUCAAUGGAGGCUCCUGCACCAUGAACAGCAAACAGAUGCCCGAGUGCCAGUGCCUUUCCCCAAACACAGGCCCACGGUGUGAGCAGUCAGUCAGCGAAUCCCAGCCUGGACGUAUCGCCUCCAUCCUCAUUCCCAUCUUCCUGUUGCUUCUGCUGCUCCUGGUGGCUGGGACUGUCUUUUGGUACAAGCGUCGAGUCCGGGGGGCCAAGGGCUUCCAGCACCAGCGAAUGACCAAUGGAGCCAUGAAUGUAGAGAUUGGGAACCCCACGUAUAAGAUGUACGAGGGCGGGGAGCCAGAUGAUGUCGGGGGCCUGCUGGAUGCUGACUUUGCUCUGGACCCUGAUAAGCCCACCAAUUUCACAAACCCCGUGUAUGCCACUCUCUACAUGGGGGGCCACGGUAGCCGACACUCACUGGCCAGCACCGAUGAGAAGCGGGAACUGCUAGGUCGAGGGCUCGAGGAUGAGCUGGGAGACCCCCUGGCAUAGGGGCCCCUGCCCCCACCCCAGCCUGGACUCCAGAGAUACCUUCCCCCCUCCCAUGAGAAAUCCUUUUCAACUCUCCCCCCUCACCUGAGUACUCUCCCUCCCCAAACCCGGCCCCCUGGCCGAUGUAUAAAUGUAAAAAUGAAGGAAUUACUUUUUAUAUGUGAGUGA